AUGACCAUCACAGCUUUAAAAUGUGUUGUUGUCAUUAAAGGUGUAAGAAUACAUUUAAGUAUAUCCACAUCUCCAUACACAGGCGAUGUGGGAUGCCACAAUCACCACCUCUUAGGACCCAACGUUCCCGCUGGAGUAUCAAGGCCCAAGGCCCAUGGAGUGGUAUUUAGAGACGCAUCAGGGGCUAAACACAGAGCAUAUCUCAACAAUGGGACCAGUAACGAGAUCAUUGUAUCAGCCGGUGCUCUGGGGAGCCCACAGAUACUAAUGUUAAGUGGAGUGGGCCCUGCAGACCAGCUGAAGGCCCACAACAUCACAGUAGUGUUGGACCAACCCCUGGUCGGCCAAGGCAUGUCGGAUAAUCCCAUGAAUGCAAUUUUCGUACCGUCUCCGAUUCCGGUCGAGGUCUCCCUCAUUCAAGUUGUUGGCAUUACCCACUUCGGAAGCUACAUCGAAGCCGCCAGCGGCGCAAACUUUGCCGGCGGCGCCUCUCCAAGAGACUAUGGGAUGUUGUCUCCUAAGAUUGGGCAGCUUUCCACUGUGCCGCCAAAAGAAAGGACCCCAGAAGCCCUAGCCAGAGCUGUGGAGCUUUUAGAGAAUCUUGACGAUGCAGCCUUCAGAGGUGGAUUCAUUCUUGAGAAAAUCAUGGGUCCAGCUUCCACAGGCCAUUUGGAGCUCCGAACCCGGAAUCCCAACGACAACCCAGCUGUCACCUUCAACUACUUCCAAGACCCCACAGAUUUGCAGAGAUGUGUCCAAGGCAUCGGCACAAUUGAGCGGAUAAUCGAGUCCAAUUCUUUCUCCAAGUUCAAAUUCGAUAAUUUAACGUUGCCAAUACUUCUCAACAUGACAGCAGGUUCCCCAAUAAAUCUGUUGCCUAAACAUGUGAAUACUUCGACCUCGUUGGAACAGUUCUGUAAGGACACAGUGAUGACCAUCUGGCAUUAUCAUGGAGGCUGCCAAAUUGGGAAGGUUGUUGAUGAUGAUCAUAAGGUUCUUGGUGUUGAUGCUUUAAGGGUUAUUGAUGGAUCCACCUUUAAUUUCUCUCCUGGAACUAAUCCUCAAGCCACUGUCAUGAUGCUUGGAAGGUAAUUAAUUACUUACUACUCACCAUCUUUCCUUAUCUUUGCCGGAUUCAGAUUCUCAAUAAUUUGCUGUCUCGAUUGCUAACUGCUCGAGCAAGCAAGCUGCCUGAAACUAGUUUGUACAGUUGGAUCUCAUAAGAU